GCUCCCCCCGUUAGCCUUCACCCCCCUCCCCAAAACCUUAUCCUCCCAAAAAAUAAAAAUAAAAAUAAAAACAAAAAAAUGGCGGCCUCCUCUCUCCUCGCCUCCAACCUUAUCUCCUCAAACCCUAAAACCCUAAACCUCUCCUCCGCUCCCCUCCUCUUCUCAAACCCCAUUGCCAACCUACCCUUCUCCUCUAAUUUCUCAACCGCCGCUGUCAAAUUGAGGAAGGGGAGAGGGCUCGACUUAGGGUUUGUGACGAAGGUAUCCUCUGUAUCGUCGGAUUACGAGGUGGAGGAUGAGGAGGCUGCGAGCGGCGACGAGGCGAGCUUCUCGCCGGACCUGAAGCUGUUUGUUGGCAACUUGCCGUUUUCGGUGGAUAGCGCCGAGCUCGCUGGGUUGUUUGAUAAUGCUGGGAAUGUUGAGAUGGUUGAGGUUAUAUAUGAUAAACUAACUGGAAGAAGUCGAGGAUUUGGCUUUGUCACAAUGUCUUCUGUUGAGGAAGUUGAGGCAGCUGCCCAGCAGUUCAAUGGUUAUGAUUUCAAAGGCAGGACACUGAGGGUAAACUCAGGACCACCUCCUCCAAGAGAGGAACGCCCAUCAAGAGGUUUCCGAAGUGGUGGAGGCGGUGGUGGUGGCAGUUUUGAUGCUGCUAACAGGCUCUAUGUGGGUAAUCUUUCGUGGGGUGUCGAUAAUUCAGCUCUUGAGAACUUGUUCAGUGAACAAGGGAAUGUCACGGAUGCCAGGGUGGUGUAUGAUAGGGAUAGUGGCAGAUCGAGGGGCUUUGGCUUUGUCACUUACAGCACGGCCGAGGAGGCCAACAAUGCUGUUUCGAACCUUGAUGGCUCUGACUUGGACGGCAGAAGUAUCAGAGUCUCGGUGGCAGAAGCAAGGCCACCAAGAAGGGAGUUCUGAUCGCCAAUGUUUCAGUUCAGAGAUUGAGUCAUUUAUCUUUGAGGGUGAAUUUUGUACGACGUGAAACUAUGCGAAUGCCUUUGAGGAAUUAUUUUCGGUCUCGUAUUUGGGCUAACAGACAUCUUGAAUGCUUCACGUAGGUUCAGUGUGUGAAAUCUUGUCGUGUGAAGUUUCUUAGAUUUGAAGACUGGGGGUUGGGAUCACUAGCUUGUAAAAGUUAUGGAUGUUACGCUUAUGAAAUUUUUGAUAUCUCAAUUGCUUGUGGCUUAAUGUUCA